AUUUUCGUUUUCGAGGAUGAAGGAGUCGUCGAAGAAAGACUUCGCUUACGCGAUGACACCGAUGAAGAUCGUAUCGUGGCCUGUUGGUACCUGGCCUCUUCAAAAUUACGGUAUUUUUUCCGCUAUGCGUGGCAUCAUCGUGAUCUCUCUUGUGUUGCUAAUGCUAGCGAUCUUACAAAUGGAAAUGUACUUAGACAGCGGCGACGCCGAAAAAAACGUGGACGCUUUGAUAUUAAUAACAAGCGGCGUUGUGGCCUUGUCAAAAAUUAUAUGGUUUCGUAUUCGACCUGCUGGCCUUAUUUCGAAUUUUACUUCUGCGGUUAAGGAUUAUGAAGAAUUGGAGGGUCAGGACAAACGAUUGAUAGUACGAAAACACGCUUAUAUAGGCAGAGUAGCAUCUGCCACUGUGAUAUUUUCUUCGUAUAUCGGCUCUACUCUUUACAUGACUAUUCCUAUGCUGGCUGGAAAUGAAGAAAAAGAUAUAGUUAACGUAACAGAAGAAAGUACAACGGAUUACCCUAUACCUUCCGAAUAUGUAAUGGAUGUUAUACAAUUGCCGGAUAAUUUGUACUUUAUGGUUUUUAUCAUAGAGUACUUGAUGCUGUUGUUCACGAGCACUGGAAAUCUAGGAAGCGAUUCGUUGCUCUUCGGUAUCAUUUUUCACCUGUGCGGCCAAGUAGAAAUUUUGAAGCUGGAAUUCAAUAAACUGGGCAACGAGAACGAAAGAAUAAUGGAACGUUUCAUCGUAUUAAUCAAGAGGCAUGUGUACUUACUGAACCUGGCCAAGAUGUUGAACGAGACGAUCAGCUCUGUCUUGGUCGUGCAACUAUUCACGAGUUGUAUACUUAUUUGUACCACGGGAUUUCAAUUUAUUCUCGAUCUGAGUGUUGGGAACAUCGUCAUGGCGAUGAAAACAUUGACAGUAAUGAGCUGUCUGUUGGUUCAAUUGUUUGCAUACAGUUACGUGGGCGAAUAUUUAAAGCGUCAAAUGGAGAGCGUCGGCGACUCUGUGUACUUCUGCAGCUGGUAUCAUAUACCGAAAAAUGUGGCAAAAGGUAUCGUUUUUGUCAUUAUGAAAAGCCAAGAUCCAGUUUCCUUGAAGGCUGGGAAAUUCUUUAUCGUCAAUAUGGAAACGUACAUGAAUAUUCUGAAAACAUCGAUGUCGUAUCUUUCAGUCCUUCGAGUAAUGGUAAAUCCUUGAAAUGUUAUUAAUAUAAUAAAGCAGAAUAAAAUAUUAAAUAUUAUACUUUCAAUGAUUCAAUAUUCGUUUCAAAUUCAUUUAGAGUUGAAUGUACGUAGUAGAUAGUCUCGGUAAGCUGUUAUG